CUCCUCCUCCCCCCUCGCCUGUGGGCUGCUGGAACAGCUGCUUGGCCAGGAGAGGCGAGGGCGGACGACUCUGCUCCGGGGCGCCCCGAUACUGAUAGCGACGCCCGCCCGCGCGCGCCCCUCCGAGGCCAGAAGCUCCGGCUGCCCUGCGGAGGGCCAGAAGGGGCGGCCCGGGCCAGAUGGGAGGCCAGGCUUCCUCCCAACUCUUCGCCGUCCCGGACCAGGAGCAGAUCCUGCGAGAAACCGGCUUCUCCCAAGCGACCGUGGAGCGCCUUUACCAGCGCUUCCAGGUCUUGGACAAGGAAGAAAAAGGCUACCUCAGCAAAGAAGACCUCGAAGGGAUUGGAGAAUUAGCAGUGAACCCCAUUGGGGACCAGAUCAUCAAUGCCUUUUUCCAAGAUGGGAGAGAGACUGCGGACUUCCAAACAUUUGCUCGUGUUCUGGCCCACUUCCGGCCAGCGGAAGGACCCGGAGGCUCUGAGAAUGUGAACAGCCGGCUGAGCAAGCUGAAGUUUGCUUUUCAGCUAUACGACCAAGACAAGGAUGGGAAGAUCUCACGAGCGGAAAUAUUGCAGGUGCUGAGGUUGAUGAUUGGGAUCCAGGUGACAGAUGAGCAACUCCAGUGCAUCACCGAUCGAACCAUCCAAGAGGCUGACAAGGAUGGAGACAACGCCAUCUCUUUUGAGGAGUUUGCCAAGUCUGUGGAAAAGCUCAACAUUGAACAAAAGAUGAGCCUCCGGAUCCUGAAAUGAUCCAGCGGGGACCAGAGAAUACCCUGACAAUUUGGUUCCUUGGAGGAAAGGCUACAUUUGCGAAAUGUGUGGGAUGCAAUCAGAACUCUCCUCUUGUUCCUAAUGGCCCCAACUAGAGAAAGUCUUCAUUUAAUUAAGAUGCCUCCCUGACAAUGAGACUGGUGCAAGUACUGGUUGACCACAGAGGUCUGCAGUUAUUUCUGCCAUAAUGCCUAAAGCAAAUCUCCAUUACUGCUGCCUUAGCUCUGUGGCAAUUAUUUCAACCGGAAGUGGAUCUGUGUUUUGUCUUAUUAUGUGAUAACCUGUGCACUCCCCCUCUCAUGCCCAUCAACCCAGAUUUUUAAAGGGGGGGGGGCAAAAAGCCACACUGGCAUUCUCCUAUUCUGUUCACUGCAUGCAGGUAGGAUAUCACUCCAAAAAGAGACUUUGGGAAGCAUCAUGUAAGGAUUUUACAAUGGAGUUGGGGUCCACCAAGAAUGCUUGUUUAGAAAAGCCCUCGUCAACCUGGAAGGAGGGAAUGCUCAUAAUUUUGAAAAUGUUAUCACAUAUUACCCACUCUCAUCUUCUCUUCCCUUUUACAAGAAGGUCCCAAAGGCAGCAAAAUUAAAUGCUGCUGAACAGCCAAUGAAGAGUCAAAACGUUCAGGAAGAUUCAUGGUUUCAUUAAAAAGGAAAUACAUGUUUGAACUGCGGCCUUGGUGUCUGAAGACUUAUCUUUCCUCAUGAUAUCUUCACUUGUUAAAGAUACACAGAUUGCAGCCAAAAGAAAUUAAAAUUAGUCUUAAAUAA